AUGUCAACAAACUUAUUUGAAGUUCCUGGCUGGAAAUUAGGAAAAGUAGUGCCUCAAAAAGAACAACGUAAUAAAAAACGAAAAAUAACACAAGAACAAGAAUUAGUUAUAAAAAAAAAGAAGUUAAAUAAUGGAAAUAACAAGGAAUGUAAAAUAAAUAAUGCAAAUCAUGCAAAUCAAAAAGAAAAAUUUGAUCAAAUCAAAGCUAAAAAGGACCAAAUCAAUAAAAAGAAUAAAAAAACUAAAAGUGUAGAUAAGAAUGAAGAACCAAAACAGCCUGAUAAGGAUAAUUCACGGAAAAGCAAUGAUUUGAAAAAUUAUGCAGCCAAACGUCAAAAGAAAGAACAAGUUGGGCAAAAGAAAAAGCAAGUCAAGUUAACGAAAUCAGGACAAAAGAACACAGAAAAUCCGUUUGCGGAUGCUGAUAAUUUCGAUUUAUCUGAAGAAGGUACUGGAAAAAUAAUACCACAACCAGAAAAACCAAAGAAUAAGAAACAAAAGGGAAAUUUAGACAAAAUGAAAAAGAAAUUAUCUGAGGGUAAAUUCCGUUGGAUAAAUGAACAAUUAUAUACGACAACUGGAUCAAAGGCUUUAGAAAUGUUUCAGAAAGAUCCUCACUUAUUUGAUGAGUAUCAUGACGGAUUUCGUUCAGCAGUUGAAUCAUGGCCCGAUAAUCCUGUUGAUAUAUUAUUGUCGUAUCUGAAACAAAAAUCCAAAGAAAUAGUUGUUGCAGAUUUGGGUUGUGGCGAAGGUAAGAUAGGAUUGGAAGCACCAAAUAAAGUGCUUUCAUUCGAUCUGAUCGCCAAACACGACAAAGUUAUUGCGUGUGAUAUUGCAAAGUUGCCAAUUCCGGACAGCUUCUUUGAUGUCGUGAUAUUUUGUUUAUCUCUUAUGGGAACUAAUUAUGUUGAUUUUCUCAAGGAAGCAUAUCGUGUAUUGAAACCAAGCGGAGAAUUAAAAAUUGCUGAGGUGGUAAGUCGGUUUUCUGAUAUUAAUUCGUUUAUCGAAGUUCUCGCCGAGUUGGGAUUUAAAUUAAUAAAGAAGGAUGAUACAAAUAUAAUGUUUAUUAUGUUGGAUUUUGUCAAGACAAACCCUCGCAAGACGAAAAAAUCAAAAUUGUAUAAUUCCAAAGAUUUAUUAAAACCAUGCGUUUAUAAAAAACGUUAA